AUGAUGGUGGAGGACCGGGGAAUACAACUAGAGGCGGUGGUGAUUGCUUUACUAGCAUUAUGUUGGCUAUCCGUCACGCUACGAUGCUAUACCAUGGGAUUUUUACUUAGACGAUUUUAUCCGGAAGACUGGUUAGCAAUCAUUACAUUGUUCCUUUAUUCUGCAUAUUCGGCGUUUUGCCUUCUUGGCGUACAUUACGGACUCGGCGCACACGUCGAAGACGUUCCUAUUGACGAACGACCCAAAGCACUGUUCUACAAGUGGGCAGGCCAGGUUUCCUAUGUUGUCAUUGCCAUGCUGGUCAAGUUCAUCGUCGGCUUGCUCUUGCUGCGACUCUGCGUCGGGAAGAAAUGGCAGUGCAUCACGCUGUGGACAUUGCUCGUCGUCUCGGGCAUCUACACCGUCUUUUACGUCUUCAUGGUGGUGUAUCAGUGCCAACCAGUACCUUUCUACUGGUACCGAUACGAUCCAAACCCGCCCAUCACGGGCAAUUGCAACGGAACGGCCCUGGCCAUCAUUCCAACGUAUAUAUCAUUCAUCAUCAGCGUGGUUUCGGACUGGAUCCUGGCCUUGCUGCCAAUUUCGAUAGUCUGGAAUGCAAAAAUGGACCGCCGCUCCAAAAUCUCCGUCGCUUGUGUCUUGGCUUUAGGAUCAAUCGCCUCAAUGGCAACCGUUGUACGGAUUCCCUAUGCCAAACAACUGCUAUCGGACCCCGACUAUCUCUACAACUUUACCGACCUAGCCAUCUGGAGCACGGUCGAGAUCGGCCUUGGCCUCAUGGCCUCAUCACUAGCCACACUAAAACCACUCUUUCGCAAACUCAAGAUCCUCGUCGUCACCAAGAGCAGCACCCUACCCUACCACCACAGCCGACCCGGCCACUCCCGAGCCCGCAGCGGCUCCAUCUUUCACGGCAAGAACAAGGAGAUCAAGAAGCUGCAAAAGUCUCCCACCAUAGCCCACCCCGCCCUCAGCGGCUGGAAGGCGCUGCACGACAAGCCCGCCGCGCCGCAGGAGGCGCCGUACGAAUUGUCACUGGCCGCCGAGACCAGCAGCGUCCGCACCACCAUUACGGCCAACCACCCUUCUCUGGACGGAGGCAGCGGCGGCGCCAGCCGGCCCAGUCCUCCACCACCGACCUACCAGGACUCGUACCGGCGGACGUCGGUGUCUUAUCAGUUUUCCCAUGUCGAUCCCCGUCAAUUAGACCACGGAGGCAUGUUUUAG